CCCGCAGCUUCACGAAGUCCACUGCCCUCGUCAAUUAACCUCCCAUCCACCCUUAUUCAGACCAGCCACCGACACAAUGGCUCAGCGAGACCCUCAGUUCAACCAGCAUGUCCUCGUGGACACCACCCCCAUGCCGGACCACAUCCCCAAGGUGGAGGAGAUUGGCGCUACUUCGGCAUUCCUGACUAGUGCGGCGUACUUCAUUGGCGACCGCUGCAAGGCUUUCAACGACGAUUACAUGAAGUGCAAGGACGAGGCUAAUGGCCGCGGAGAGUUCGAGUGCUUGAAGGAGGGGCGCAAGGUGACGCGCUGCGCUGCUAGCGUUAUCAAGGACAUUAACACCCACUGCCUGGACCAGUUCAAGGCCCAUGCCGACUGCCUCGAGAACAACAACCACUACCUCUUCGAGUGCCGCAAGGCUGAGAUGUCCUUGAACAACUGCAUCUUCGACAAGCUGGGCCUGAAGAAGACCAUUCCCGGCGCCCCCGAGAACCAGGUCCCCGUCCACCUGCGUCCCAAACAGAAGUACGCCCAGUACCCCGGACCGCAGUACUAA